GUGCCUUCCUUACAUUGCCCAAACAUACGAUUCCGACGAGUGCGAGCUACACGACGGGAAUCCGUCAGCAUGAGGCUUUGCGUUAUCCCAAAAGGCUGAGUUGGCGCUCAACCACCAAUCGGCUUGUCCCCCUCACGACGAUCAUGGCUCCGCCGCUGGCCGAUAUGAGCCAUCAGCGACAUAAGCAUUCGCGAUUCCCGAAGCAGCGGACGGCGUAUAGAUCGUAUUGUCUCGGCACACGAGCGACACCUGUCAAUCACCGGAGUGCCGUAUUCAAGAGGGUGCAGCCCAGCCCAUUAAUUGACGUGAAGUUCGGUGCUGGUCUAUGCGACUAUUGCAUCCACGGCACACGCAAGUGGUUAGAAGAAACAGACAAAUUGCGAGGUCCAGCCUCAGCCGAUCUUGUCGAUGCUGGAUCCCGGCGAGGGUGGGCCUUUCGACCCAAUUGCCUAGCUGCCGUGCGACGGAGCCACUCUCUCGGGUCUCACGCCUCCACCUCACCCCUGUACCGCACUGAUCGUGGCCUUCAGCGUGAGUCGAAGUCGCCGUCUUGUUUCUCUGCUGGGCAUAACAUUCCUGCGCUUGGAUUGCGUCCGUCGCAUCCAGCCGCCAAUUCAGGCAGCCCAAUGCGAUCCAAUCAUGGCUCGCGAAGCCUGGAAGCCUUGACGGGAGGUGGAAACUGA